AUGCAGCUCCACCCGCGCACCAGCACGCCCUCCGCCUCGACGGUCCUCCGCGACUUUCUCAACCAGGCAAAAUGCACCUGCUGCACGGUGCGCGUGGUGGAGCUGACCAAGCAGCGCGCCGUCGUGGAGUGGGGCUCCGUUCCAUACUUCACGGCGCGGGGCAAACGGGCCGAGUUUGUCUAUUAUACGGCCGAACGCGUCGCCGACGUCCGGCCGGAUCUUCUUCGGACCUGGGCGGCGGGACGUCCGGGAGCAGGAGCGGGAGAGACGGCUGAGUGGAUCCGCGACCGACUCCGCGAUAGCUGGCUCGUCGAGCAACUCGCGUACUGGGUCGAGUUUCUCGAGGAGUGGAAAUCCUAUCGCGAGUGGUAUGUGUACAAGCCCGAGUUGUUUGAGGGCAAGGAGCCGGACGUGCUUAGUCCUGGCUGCGAGGGCUGCGUGAAGCCGCAUUGGCCCGGCGGGCUGCGGCGACGGGCGUCUUCUUGCGCUUGA